GACGCACUGUAGUAACUCACUUCCUGGUAGGACUGUCUUCCUGGUAGGACUGUAACACUAUGGAGUCUCGCGUUGUGGCUGUAUUUCUCACGCUCCUCUGGCAGUCAUCAGGCAGCUGUCCUAACGGUACAUACGGUUUCCAGUGUGGCUACAGAUGUAACUGUGACCAAGACAAGUGUGAUUCUACUUCCGGCUGCAGACCGCCAGCCUGUUACCCAGGAUGGUCUGGUCCGACAUGUGAGACACAUAAUGUUGCGAGGAAGAAAGCUACAUCAUCCAGUGGAGAGGGCAAUUACCCGUCAUCCCAUGCCACGGACGGAAGCACUGCAAGCGGGUAUCUUGUCUGUAUAGAAACAGCGCCUAGCAACCCCAACUGGUGGCGUGUGGAUCUCAAUGACACAGUGCUGAUACGUGAGGUCACCAUCUACUUCAGACUUGACUACAAACCAAGAAGGAAUGGUAUCCAGGUGUACAUGACCAACUUCACUGAUGCCCCGAGUGGUGUUAACUGCUACAACGUGACAGGAAGAAGUGAUGGACGUGACAUUGCUGACGUCACACGGGCACCUUGCUCUGGCACGGGGCGCUACAUUUUACUUUACACAACAGUGAACAAUGCUGGACACAGUCUGCCUAUACUUGACUUUUGUGAGGUAGAAGUAGAUGUGUGCAGUCCUGGUACUUUCGGCGCUGAGUGUGACAAUUACUGCCAUUGUGACGGUGACGUGUGCAACUACGUCAGCAGCAUCUGUCCCAGUGGAACGUGUAUGUCAGGCUGGAGGGGCAACAGUUGCAACACCACAUGUCCAAUGGGUGAAUACGGACGAAGCUGCUCCAAGCGAUGCACAGACAGAAUGUGUAAGGACAACACCUCCGGCUGUAAUCAUGCAACUGGUGAAUGUUCAGAUGGAUGUCUGGCAGGCUACCAAACACCGGACUGCACACAGAAAUGCGUCGAUACGUAUGGAGAGAACUGCACAAGAAGCUGCUCAGCCAGACAUUGUAGAGACACGCCACAAUCUGUAUGUGAUCACGUGACUGGAUGGUGUAAAGGAGGCUGCAGUCCUGGAUGGAAAGAUGUCGAUUGCACAACAGGCUGUGUCCAAGAUGUGGAGUAUGGUGCCGGAUGUACAGGAAACUGCAGUGCCCGGAUGUGUGAGGGAGGGUCGGGCACCUGUCCCCGGGACACAGGGUUGUGUAGUGAUGGGUGCCAGUCAAGAUGGACAGGAGAUGAUUGUACGCAGAGUGUGACUGUUUCAACUCCUCAAUCCGACGACUCAAACGGAGCUACGAUUGGUGGUAUCGUUGGCGGUGUGUUAGCAGUGGUCGUGGUUGUACUUGCUGUGAUAGGUGUUAUGUUUUACAGGAGAAAAGACAACGCCAGCAACAUCAACAAGGAGCACUCCAUCUACGAAGACAUAUCAGCUAUGGAACCAGACAGACACCAGGUGCAAGCAUCCCAGGGAGUAAACAGAGACGAGGAAGAGGAGAUGGAGGAGAUGGAGGAGGAGGCUGACAGAAGCUCCUACUACAACAUCAAGGCUCCAGUAAUAGUGAUGAAAGUGGCUGUGGACAAGCUAGGGGACAGGAUCAGAGAACUGCAGGCUGGUGUAGGAGGAUUCGAACGGGAAUACGGGCGGUUAAUAUCCGGGUUCACGCACCCGUAUGAAGAUUCUCAACGUGAGGAGAACAAUGGCAAGAACAGAUUCCGAGAGUAUUACCCAUAUGACUACAACCGAGUUGUCCUGGAGAAGCUCCCAGGGGAUCAAUCAUCCGACUACAUCAACGCCAGCUAUAUCAAUGGGUACUCAAUGGAUCAAGCCUAUAUUGCAGCACAAGCACCGAACAGGAAAACAGUGGGGGACUUCUGGAGAAUGAUCUACGGGAAGAACCUGACAAGGAUCGUCAUGCUGACAAACCUGACAGAGACAGGAAAGGUGAAGUGUGUCCCCUAUUGGUCAGACACGUCUGACCUCGUUGUGGAUGUCUUCACCAUCUCCGUCACCAACAUCAGUCCCAGAGCUCACUGGGUCAUCAGAGAACUCAAGGCCACUUUGAAAGAGACCGGCGAGAGUAGGCUGUUUCACCAUUUCCACUACACAAAAUGGCCAGAUCAUGGAACUCCGGAGGAAACAGCACUGAUGGAGUUUCUUUGGAGAAUAAGAAAGACACCAAACCACAAUACACCCUUGAUGGUGCACUGCAGUGCUGGGGUCGGUCGGACAGGGACAUACAUCGCUGUGGACUACCUGCUGGACCAGGCCCUGACUGAUCGGAAGGUGGACGUGUUCGGGUUUGUGAAUCUGAUGCGACAGCAGCGGAGAAAUAUGAUACAGACCAAGGAGCAGUACGCAUGCGUGUACACGACUCUCCACGAGGCACUGAUGAUGGGUGACACGACCUUGACCUCACCCGAAUUCAGGACACAAAGACGAGCAAAGAAGGUGUUCAAGAUGGGGACGACGACAGUGUCUCAGAUGAUGCAGAAAGUUAAAGUCAGCAUCGAAGAACUUAAAUCUGCUGGUCAAAUCAAGGGCCGUGUUUGGGUGAACGGACGAACAGACAUCCUAGCUGUGAUGAUGCCUUCCCAUCUGUCUGUGAAUGGCUACCUGUUAACUGAGGCCCCCUCCGUCACCACAGCGUCUCUGUUCUGGAAACUCACAGAGGAGCAGGAGUCUUCCACUGUCAUUGUCCUGCCAGACUCGCAUCAGCGUCUGGCCAGCUUCAUGCCACUUCCAGGAGACAGCCUGGACCUGAGUACUGUGAUCGUGGGUUGUUCUACUGAGACCUCACUCAACUCUGGUCUCAUCCUCAGGAAAGUCGACAGACAGAUGGAGGGCAGUGCAUCUUCCCAGUUGGUACAUGUGUAUCUCCUGAAGACCUUCCGGAAAGAUGAUAAUUCCAGUCUGUCUGACCUCCUGGAGCAUGUUGACCGCAACAUAGAGGGAAAUAACUCUCAGCCAAUAACAGUUAUAUUCAGUGAAAAUGAACGACGAUCAGCCACGUUGUUCUGCAUCCUGAGUAACAUCGUGCAGGGCAUGAAACACAACAACGAGGUGGAGAUCUACAACAACAUCCAAAAGUUGGGACAUCUGUGUGACAACAAUCUCUCACAAGCUGACGUCUCCCUGUGCUAUGACCUGGCUUCUGCCUAUCUGGAGACACAGAAUGUUUACGCCAACACGUGAUGGCA